AUGCUAGCCGUAUGCGCACUUGCAGACAAAGUAAUCGUUGGCUACUUUCCAAAUUGGUUAUAUGCUCGCUGGCCCGCCUCCAACAUCGACUUUUCGGUAUAUACACACAUCCAUUAUGCGUUUUCCAUUCUCAUAAAAGGGGACACGCCUGAAUGGACAGAUCCAUCCCAAGUUGACACCCAGCUGCCCGCUCUGGUCAAGGCCGCCCAUGCCAGUAAUGCCAAGGUGUUGAUAUCCGUUGGCGGUUGGUCGGGUUGCUUGACAUUCAGUACCAUGGCCGCGGACCCUGGACAAAGAAAAAACUUUAUUCAGUGGAACAUUGAUCAAAUCAAGAAGUAUGGCACAGAUGGUGUUGAUAUUGACUGGGAAUAUCCGGGCCGCCAAGGAGCAGGGUGUAAUGCAUUCGAUGUGGCAAAUGACGCUAAUAAUUAUCUCGUGCUACUCAAAGAGCUCCGUACAGCUUUAGACGGAUUGACUGGUCCUCGAAAGGAACUUUCGUUUGCAGCACAUGUGCGUCCGUUUGUCACGCCAUCUGGGUACAUGACAGAUGUUUCCGGAUUUGCAAAUAUCGUCGACCGUAUCAACAUUAUGACAUACGAUAUCAAUGGUGCUUGGAACACUACAACUGGUCCCAACGCCCCAUUCAAUUUCGAGCCUGGUUAUGGUGAUGCCGAUAGUUAUGUCUCUGGUAUCCAAGGGUGGCUACAGGCAGGCGCGCCUAAAAACAAGCUUGUCCCCGGCAUUGCCUUCUAUGGUCGAUCAGCAACAUCUACUGUCGAUAUGUCCCAAUCGGAUUCCCAAUACCAAGGGCAGGUUGCUAGUAAGCCUCCUCAUGGUGACUCGUAUGAUGCAUUUUGGCAAGAUCCGUACUGUAGCAAAGAUCCUGGCAGUCUAUCUGGCGUCUGGCGUUACGGUAAUCUACGAUCGCAAGGUGUCUUGACUACUCCAACUUCGGCAGCACCUCCUUGGAUUCGCAAGUGGGACAAAGUCACCCAGACCCCGUGGUUAUUCAAUCCUACGGACAAGACAUUUAUCUCGUAUGACGAUCCACAGUCGAUCGGGAUCAAGAUUGACUAUGCAUUAUGCCAGGGUUUAGGUGGAGCCAUGGUAUGGUCUGUCGAUGAAGAUACCUCGAGCAACGAGUUGCUCAAUGAAGUAGCAAAGAUCCGUUCAGGUUAG